AUGAAAUAUAUAUUGUUAGUUUUACUUUUGAUUUUCACAGAAAGUUAAUCUUAAGUUUUAGUAACACCAAGAAUUCAAUGCAGAACAAAAAAAUGUGAAGGUGAUAACUUUUGUUUUUAAGGUUAUUGUACUCCUUGUGAUGGCCCAAGAAGUAUAUGUAUCUGAUUUUAUUCAAUUAUUUAAAGGGACUAAAAGAAAACCUUAAUGGGGAACCAAAAUAGGGGAAGCUCUAAAUGUGCCUGCUUAUUCUAAUUAUGGAGAUCUUGAUGUUUAAGACAAAAAUAAAGAUGAAUAUUUAUUAGAUUCUCAAAUUAAUUUUGGAGAAGAAAUCUAUAUUGGAUAGAAGUAUAAAGAUUGAUAUUUCUAGAUAUUAAUGUGUUCAUUAUGCUAGAAGAUUUUGGGUCUCUUAAUAUAAUACAACAUUUGGAUCUGUUGAUAGGGCUGAGUAAAUAUUUGAUCUCUAAGAAGCAUAUAAUUUUGACACAAAACAAAAUAUAUAAUUGAAGAAAUUUUUGAAUGGAGGCAUUGAACCACCUUAAUAGGGUGAUUUAUUGAUUUGGUAAAAAGACAAUGGAGAAUUUCCAUAUGGACAUGUUGCAGUUGUGAUAGCUAUUGAUAUUGUAUCUGCUUCCCCUCAUGUUUUGAUUGCAGAAUAAAAUUACGAUUAAGCAUGGGAUACAAGGAACUUUGCUAGAGCAUUAAAAGUUUCAAUAGGGGAAAAUAAAGAAAUAAUUGUUUCCAACAAUAGAUAAACAUUCCCAAAUAAAGAUGAUUUAAAAUGUAGAGAUGAUGAAAUAACCUCACAAGGUGUCAUUUUAGGUUGGGUUCGUUUAGAGAUUUAAUGAAUAAUUAUA